AUGUGGUUUGAGAGUCACUGCGUGGUGGUUGAGGGCGUGUGGAUGGUGGGAUUGUGGUGGUACAAGCUUCGCUCCAAACCGGGGAAGAAGGAAAAGGAGAGGGGGGAGAUCGAGGUGGACAUCCAGUUCAUGAGGAGCAGCAUGACAGCCAGCAUGUUUGACCUGUCCAUGAAGGACAAGCCUCGCUCUCCCUUUGGGAAGCUCAAAGACAAGCUCAAGGGCAAGAGGAGCAGCGGCCUCUCGGACACGGCGUCGGCGAUCGUUCCCAGCACCACCCACUCUCCUGCUGACAGCGAGGACGAGGCAGUCGAGAAGGAAAAGGAAAAGAAGAAAUCCAAGUUCAAAGCGCUGUUCUCCAAACCUGGGCUGCAGAAGACCCUGUCCCAGUCCAUGUCAGUCCUGCCCACGCAGCAGCCUGUCACCCAGAAGGUUCGGCUUCGGCCCAGCGACUUCCAGCCCCAGUGGGACGAGGAGGAGUCUGAGACCUCUCCGACCUCAGAACGAGCCCUUGGAAAUGCCCCGGAAGAGAAGCCAGCUCCUUCUCCUCUGUUUAAAUCUCGUAAAACAGCCCUUUUGGACAGCAGGCAGCUAACCCAAGGAACCAGUAACCACACCAAGAAGGAAGGGCUCUCUUUGUUCGGUGGCCUGAAAUCCAAAAGCGAUCCCGUUUCCAAGUCUAGCCUGUGCAUCAACGGCACUCACGUUUAUAUGGAAGAGACCACGACGAAGGACAACACUCCAGCCUCCUCCCCCUCUCCUCUCAACUUCAGGAGGAAGCAGCUCUUCGCUUCGGAGGAGAACCUGUCCUCCAGGUCCAGCAAACCACCCGAAGAGACAGGAAGAACCUCUCCUAGCCAGGCUUUCUCUGGGCCCACGUCCUUGGAGACCUUCAAAUCCAUGACUCUGCCGUCGUACAAACUGCUGAGCAGUGAGGAGCACCUGGACACCAGCGUUCCCCCGAGCACCGAGGCUGUGAGGGAGCCCAAAAAACCAGACCACAAAAAGUCUGCCUUGCUCUCCCUGGUCACCGGGAAGAAGGAGGUGGGGAAGAUGGGAGAUGCUGAGAAUAUUCCCGACAGGACCCUGCAGAGUGAGGAGAACAGAAUUCCAGAAGAGAACAGUGAAGAGGAGGCCAAAUGUCUUGAACCCCCAGCAGAGCUGGGCAGAGGGGACCCAUCAGGAGACACUCAGAGCACAGAAGACACCUUUGCAGACAAGCGGCCGCUCGGCCCUGGUGAGGAGGAACAGAAACCCGAAAAAGCUGCUGCCCCAGCCAAGACCAAAGCUGUGAGGCCCACAGUGAAGCCCAGUCGUAGAGCAGAGUCUCCGAAAAAGCCAACAGCCGAGGGCUUCGCAGAUAAAGCGGGAAAUUCGGGCAAGAAGAAGCUUCUCCAGGCACGGGUUUCACCCUCCGAAACGUUCCCUAAGCAAACCCUGCGGGGUGGUGAAACCGUGUCUCCCAAGCACAGACUCCAUCCUGUGAAGCCAAUGAAUGCCAUGGCAGACAAGUCUCAGAGUAAAAACCUGAAUGUCAUCGGCACCAUGAACGAAAAACUGCUGGAAAUGAGUGUGAAGAAAUACGAGCCCUCAGACCCUGCCUACGCCUAUGCCCAGCUGACACACGACGAGCUGAUCCAGCUGGUGCUGAAGCAGAAGGACACGAUCACCAGGAAGGACGUCCAGGUGCGGGAGCUCGAGGACUACAUCGACAACCUGCUCGUCAGGGUCAUGGAAGAAACCCCCAACAUCCUCCGCGUUUCCAUGUCUGGGAACAAAAAAGCUGGGAAGAUGUGAAGGGUCUGGGAGUGCUGGAGAAGAAGGGCUGAGCUCCCACUGGAGGAGUGUGAGGAGCCGGUUGUGCCGCCCCUGGAAAAUGACCUUUUUCCUGUUUCUGCCUUGAGCAACUCUCGGGUUGAUUAGUAGUUCCAUCAGCUCUCGUAAUGGAGUCACCUUAUCAUAUUUAUUAUUUGUUUUCUUCCCAUUGUCUGGGAAGAUCAGGCAUUAAUCCAAAGGCUGGUAGUGAUGGAAGGGAGGAGGGUUUUUGAUGUGUUUUGCUUCCCAGCAAGGCACUGAUGAUCCUUUAGGAAGAUUGGUUUUUUUAAUGGUUUUGUUUUGUAGCAGCUCUGAUAGAUCAGUUACUCUUCUUUCCAUAUCUGAAGUUGUAGUGCAAUAUGGAGCCUUGUACAGUAGAGCUUGAAGAUUUGAUUGUUUUUAAAAUAAUAAUUAACUACACUGGAGAAGUCCAAAGAUGCCCCAGCUUCAGACCUGGGCUGUAAUUUAAAAGGAAUUAAUGCCCUGAAAGUUGAAGCUAAGUUAAAAGAUUAGAAAGGAAGAAGCAAAUCUCAGUUCAAGUGGAUGUUGUUCCAAAGAGCUCUCCAAGGGGAGCUUUGCAGGAUUUUUGGUGUAGGAGACGUUGAUGUUCACGGUCCGUCUCUACCAUAGGAAUGGCAGCAACGGGUUUGGACCAAAGGUACUUUGCUGCUCAGAGGGGGAGGAAUCCUGUGGAGCUGAGGGGUGGUGGUUUUGCUGGACAAUCAGUGGAGACAGGGAUGUUCUCCUCCCCACCCCACAGCAGGAGCAGCUCAGUGCUGCUGAGCAGCCACCACAACCUCUUCCUCCUCCUCCUCUUCCUCUGAAAACUAAAUGUGACUUUUUUUUUUUUAAGCGAGCUCUUGUCAAAGAUCAAAAAAAGAAAAAAGAAAGAUCAGAUGCCUCUUUGCCCCUCUGGGAUUUACCAGCGCUGGGAGGGUCCAUAAAGGGCUUAGAAGGAAGUUGGAAUACAGAGUGGGGAGCAGAGGACCAAAGCUUCAUGAGGACCAAAGCUUAAAAGCUUUCCAACCUUAAUUCUGUGGAAGUAAACACUCCCACCUUUGGAAGUCGUUGGGUUAUUGGCUCUCACCCCUGGCUCAGGGGUGAGUUUCUAACUCACUUUUUCUACAGCAAAGCACUUUACUGAGGGACUGGACCAGCUGGCUGGACUCUCACCCUGUGAGCAGUCUGCCUACAAUUGUCAGGAACCACUGGAGAUCUCAAAUACUGUAUUUUUGUAGCAAAGAGCAGUUUAAUAUAUUUGCCUGGAGAUGUAAACAUUUAUUAGGAAAAUCAAAAAAAAUACUGUUAAUGACAUUUUCAUUCCUCUAAACUGACCUACUACCAAAGUCUGGAGCUUCUCUGGCAGAGCUGCCCCUUAGGGGGAGCUCGACCUGAAACAAGCCUUAAGUUCAAGAGUCUUCCAAGACUUCAGGUACUUCUUUUUCCUCAUUUUAGUGUUAUUUGAGCAGUGUCUGCAGCGAGGGGGGUUCUCUCUGUUCUCCUGUACCCCCUGCUAUGAAUGAAGGGUCCCAGACGCAGGCAGGAGUGGUUUAAUCCUGAGUGGUGCUGGUUGGCCUUGCUGAAACUGCUGCUGCUUCUUGUGCCUUCUUGAGGGAGGAAAGAUGAAGGAUUGAUUUGUUUCCUCCUUGUGCCUCGGUGGAUCUCUGGAAAAGAGGAUCCUGUACCUCACUGACAGAUUUGGAUUUUAGACUUUUAUUCCUCAGCUUUUCUGAUCUGGGUCACAAAGGAGAACCGUUUGUGCCUUGGACCUCGUUUUUAUUGACAACACUUCUUAAAACCUUCCUUUGGUGUGAGGGGACUGACAUUUUAUUUCCUUUAAGGGCCUUAAGAAUCAAAUAUGUUGUUUUAUUAUUAUUGAAGGAUCUGAAUGUAUUUCCCCCCCCCCCCCCGUUUGUACUCUCUGCUUUUUAGCCCAGGUACUGUUUUGUUUUUAAACACCUUUUUGGUUUUCAUGGAACACUAAAAAUAAAAAAAAAAACACCUUAAACCC